AUGUCUACGCAAACCACUGCCUGCGCUUCAUCACACUACGAAGCUCUAGACCCGACUGCUAAAGAGAUACGCGUUCUAGAAAUAGUGCCCGCGAGUGGGGACGAUAUCAUUGAGUGCACCAUGAGACGCAUCUCGCUUCUCGGCGAUCUUGUUCCAAUCUACGAGACUAUCUCAUAUUGUUGGGAACUUCCUAGAGCUCCCUCCUCAAUAAAGCUCAAUGGCCGUCUAACACCUGUACCGGCAAGCUCAGAGGCUAGUCUCAAACGGAUGCGCCUCAGCGACCGACCGCGAGUACUAUGGAUCGAUGCCAUAUGUAUAGAUCAGUCAUCGGUAACAGAACGCAGCGCCCAGGUAGCUUUCAUGGCAUGCAUCUAUCGUGCCGCAAGGCAUAACCUCAUUUACCUUGGCGAAGAUGACGGAAUGUCCGAGAGAGGUGUCAAGGCUAUCCAGGACGUUGUUAAUGACAUGCGCACCGCUACCGCGGACUUGACCCUGCUAUUUCAAACUAUACAUGAUGAGCCGACGGGCGCGUUCCUUUACUCGACCGAGGCUUUCAGUACGGACAUUGACUUCGAAGCACUCGAGGCUCUUUUCAAUCGUCACUGGUUCAGACGGCUGUGGGUCCUGCAGGAAGCCUUCCUCGCACAAUCCAAUACCUGCCAUUGGGGUACUUCUACAUUCGACCUUCUCGAUACAGUACGGGCUGCACGGUGGCUCCUCUACAAGUUCCGAUCCAUCCCUAAUGGUCUUUACGACUGUAAUGGUUGGCGCUGUGCCAUUGAGAUGUUUGCUUUCCUUGACCCCGACCAUAGUCGCGAAAAGAACCGCAGACUUCUGUUCGAAAUGCUUGAGAUAUCUCAGCAGUUCGAGAAAACCGAACCAAAGGAUAGCAUUUAUGCUGUUCUGGGCUUGCUUGAUCACGGAACAUCCCUGGAAGGUGAUCGGGCGACAUUGCUUGAAGUUGACUAUACGAAGUCACUUGCUGACAUUUUGCGAGAUGCUACACGAUACGCCUUGCGUCAGACUUGCGACCUGAAAGCUCUGGGUGGAAUAGCUUAUCGCUCCGAUGAACUAGCUAAAUCCCAAAAGUUUCCAACAUGGGCUAUUCGUGCAGACUCCCUUCGCCAAGAACACAGCAUUAACCACCUGCCUACGUUCUUCCGCGCCUGCGAUGGCCUCGGGGCACCAUCCUCACUCGGGGAUGUGCCUUCCAACGAGAACGUACUACUGCUCGAAGGGAUAGUGGUUGAUGACGUUCUUCAAGCAACCACUGUUGGCCUUUACGAUGUCUCCGAGGAUUACGAAGAACAUUAUGAGUGGCUGGUCUCCGUAAAAAAUAUGGCCAUACACCAUUGUGACACUGCAAUUCACGAAGAUCCUUUCCUAGCCAUAGCUUUCACACUGGUGGCCGGCGAGACGCAUAGUCGAAAACAGGCUCAGCCGGAUGACUUGAAGGUGCUAAUGGAUUAUAUCAAGGAUUUGACCAUAUACAAGGAUGGUGUUAUCUCGAGCGGCACCAGUAUUAAACCACGAGUUGACGAGGAAAGCAUGGCCGCAGUGUACGAAACCUCAAGAUUGACCUGCUGCAGAGGCCGUCGUUUCUUUGUUACAGCGGCUGGACGUAUGGGUUUAGGACCUCAUUGUAUGCGACCUGAAGAUAUCGUUGUAAUCUUAAGGGGAGGUGAUACGCCCUUCAUCUUACGGAAGAAAGUUGAGGGUUAUUGGCUACUUGGUGCGGCUUAUGUGCAUGCCUCGAUCAACAGGAGUACCGGUGUGAACACCCACGUCAAGCAGACUGACAGUGAGAUGAAUCCGGAUACCAAUUCACCCUUGUGCCCCGACUGGGUCUUUCUAAACAAUGCCAACGUACACGUCGCAAAAGACCGGGGCUGGUUCAAAACGUACACACCCUUCACAUCAACAGUUGAUGCCUCGCCCUUCGUCAGCCCCCACAAGCACAUUCCCGUGCUAGGAAUAGGCACCGUCGAGAUCCCUACAAAGCGCUCGCCCAAUACUUCAGGUGCAUCUUCGCAUGGAUCUCUCCUUCUCCACGAGGUCUUGCACGUGCCUGACUGCCUUUGCAACAUCAUUGGGCAACCACUCAUGUUCACUGAUGGAUACUAUCCCACCCUUAAAUUCAGCGCCAAAUCUGGUGGGACCAUUAAAGAUAGUCAGGGCAAGAAUGUUGCCUAUUUUGACCCCAAAAGCCCGCUGUCCGCAAUCAAGGUGCGCUGUCCACCAAAUGGGCCAGCGCUCGGUCCGCACGUACUCAAGAAGGAUGUGCUAUACGUGCUAGGUUGCCGAUGGGAAACUGCCGAGAAGCGUAAGUGGCAAGAAUUUAAAGCUAGAAAUGGGCUGUUCACACCGGCGCAAAAUGCUGCGUCCUACACAGCCGAGGAAACUGCGUUUCUCAAGAAGAACUUUGGCUCCGAGUACCACUUCCUGAUCCAGCACGGGCUCAAGAUUCACGUAGAUGAAGACCGCGAAGAGGGGCGGGCUAUUCUACGUGCCGUAAUGCGUGAGGAUGAGAUGUCCGAGGAUGAAGAGUCCGAUGACAAGGAGGAUGGUUUUGACGAGUCAGAGUUCGAAGGCCAUCAGGCAGACUACAACUUUACGGACCGCCAGCUUGAUUGGAUCGAAAAAAACUAUCACAAUUCGGAGCAGUUCAUGAUGUCUUAUGGACUCAAGUUCUAUGAUGACGACGAUCUUCAGGAGGCUAAGUUGAUUGUGGAGGCUAUGAUGAAUGAGGAUGAUUAG